AUGGCUCUGCGAUCUCCUGUUGCUGUAUCCGUGACUGCCAACCUGUUUUCUAGAGUAUUCCGGAUUAUAAGGAGCUUUUUCAACGGCUUGGUGGAAAGUUUCGAAGACCCCGAGAAGCUUUUGGAUCGCGUGGCGGAGGAGAUGCAAGAGGACAUGGUUCGCAUGCGCCAGGCAACCGCCCAAGUGAUGGCCAGUCAGAGACAGUUGAUGGCUAAACAGAAAUCUCUCCAGGGCAGUGCGGAUCAAUGGCUCUCCCGGGCUGAGCUGGCGGUUGCACGCGGUCAGGACGACCUUGCGAGGGAGGCGUUGAAGCGGAGGAAGGUACUGCAGGAGGAUGCUGAUCGCAUGAACGAGCAAGUGGCGCUCCAAACUAACGCCCUGGAGCAGCUGCAGGCGAAUAUUCGGGUGCUGGAGGGCAAGAUGACGGAGGCGCGCGGCAAGAAGGAGACGCUUAAGGCCCGUGCCGCAUCCGCCAAGACGUCGCUGGCGUUACAAGAGAUGAUCGGCGGCCUACGAAUUCGAUCAGGCACCAGUUGGGCUGCGUUUGAGAAGAUGGAGGAGAAGGUGGCCCAAUUGGAAGCUCAGGCCCAGACCGCCCAGGCGCUGGUGGCGCCGGACUCCCUGGAGCGUCAGUUCGCCGCUCUGGAGGGCGACAGCGGCGUGGAGGCGGAGCUGCAGGCGCUGAGACAGAGCAGCAGCAGCACCAGCACCAGCACCAGCAGCAGGCAGCAAACUCGCGGCACGCUGCCCCCCGCGUCCACCCCUCCUCCCCCCAACACCCCGCUGCCCGGUCGACCUCUUCGUGACGUGUUCGACCCAUUGGAGAAGGAACUGGAGGAACUGAGACGUAGGGCUCGCGAACAAUGA